CACCACCACCACAUUCCUCCAUUCGGAUCCGACAGCAUGGCCGACCUCAAUACUGCAGCAUACAUUCCUAGGGGCGACCCAUCAACUCCAUUAUUGAAUACGACGUGCUUGGACCUCCUCCUCAUCGAGAUUGUCCCGCUAGCUCAAAGAAUGGCGUCAGAGCUGGAUGGUCUGGGUGAAGAUGAGGAGGCGAGGCAGGUAGUAAAUCGGCGACUUGAAAUGCUGGGAUACCGAGUAGGCCAGGGACUCGUGGAAAAGUUCUCUCGAGAUAAGCCACGAUUCGUGGAAACACUCGAUAUCAUCAAGUUCAUCUGCAAGGAUCUCUGGACGAUCCUAUUUCGGAAACAAAUCGACAAUCUGAAGACAAAUCAUCGAGGUACAUAUGUCCUCACUGACCACAGUUUCAAGUGGUUCAGGGCUAUGAGCACGGAAGCUGGCGGUCAAGAGACUGUCAGCAGAGCUCAACCAUAUGCUUGGUUCCCAUGUGGUGUAUUACGAGGAGCCUUGACAAAUCUAGGACUUCCGAGUACCGUGACGCCUGAUAUCACGACCCUGCCCUUACCGGCGAUGACGAUGACGAUUUCGACUACGAGGGAUGCAUAAUAGGAGGCAUUGGCAAGCAAGAGAAGAACGAAAGACGGAGUUCGGCGUCCUGCACUGAUUAUAUUAUACCCAGGCAUUUAGUCUACUAUGGCAACCCCAACCUAAUCCUCAAACAAUGUCAUGAUAUCUUGCAUCGUUUGUGCCUUCUUGUCUUCCUUUGACAUGCCGAGAGACGACGCCACGAAAUU